AUGGGACCCUUCAACACCGUCUUCAACGGCUAUCGAGAUCUAAUUUUACCUAUGUCAGAGCAAGACCAUACCGUCAAAAAUGCGGUUUUAGCCGCCGCCGCUUCGCAUAUCUCCUUAAAACAUUGUGAAUGGAAGCCACUAGUUUCCAGGUAUCGAAUGGCUGCCAUUCGAGGGCUAAAUCAGCGGAGUAUCACAGAAGACCUGAACAAGUCGAUCGAUUAUUCGAGUCUAUCAACUAUGGUCCUUCUUCUUGUAGAGCAGAUGAUCAUAGUGGGAACAGACUUUCAUAUUCUCCUUCGGAUGAUGAAGAGCUUCAUAGAAUCACAGCAGUGUUCGGACAUAGUCGAGACGGAACCUCUAGGAAUAUUUUUGAUGCAGCAGAUAAGAAAGAUGUCUCUAUACGCAGGACCCUUAGUAAUGGGUCUUUCCGCGGCUAAAAGUCUUGAAAACAUGUCCAACAAGGACCUGGAUUUCUUAUUUAGCUGCCUUAAGAUCCACCCAGAGUAUUCUUCGGUCAUUUUCAAAUUAGCAAAUCUCAUCCGUAUGGCAGCUCAAAUAUACUUGAGCCGGGCAACCAAUAUGCCAAGCCAGGUCAUCACAGAACUAGUCCAACAGUUCCUGGCAGACACCGCUUCUUAUAACGCAACUUCACCGGGAGGUCACAUUUUAAUUUGGCCAUUUUUUAUAGUCGGGGCAGAGUGCUCGUCCACGCAGGACCAGGAGUUUAUCACCAUGCAGUUACAGAAUCUUUGGGAUUGCACGGGCUUUGGAAGCCCGCUUUAUGCAAUCAAGCUACUAGGAGACAUAUGGCAAGAAACUCCAGGGACAAAUUGGACGCAGACGUUGGUGGAUAAGGUGGAAGGGUUCAUUAUGUGA